GUAAAUAAAUAGGCCGCGCCUUGUGUCGCGGGCUGCAGUGGAGUGCUGGCUGUAUCAGGAUGCUGACUGCACUAGUGCUGGUGUGCGGCGCGCUGGCCGCCGCCGGGAGACACCACCAUCAUGUCGACCCAGACCAUCAACAGGCAACAGUAGAGUCUCCACCGGCGGCUCCAGUAGUCCGCAGUGUGUCCGGCCAGUUCCGCGGGUCGUGGAUGACGUCACGGCGCGGGCGGCAGUUCGAGGCGUACCGCGGCAUACGGUACGCGCAGCCGCCUGUGGGGGAGCUGCGCUUCCAGCCCCCGCAGCUGAUAGAGAAGUACACGGGCGAGGUGGACGGCUCGCAGGACGGGCCGGCGUGCCCGCAGCCCACCGUCAACGACUACCCCGUGCACGAGGACUGUCUCCGGCUCAAUGUCUACACGCCUGACCAUCAAUCUAAGAAGCCCCUGCCGGUGGUGGUGUUCAUGCACGCGGGCGGGUUCUACUCGGUGUCGGGGCGCAGCGACGUGGCCGGCCCGCAGCACCUGCUGGACCGCCACCUCGUGCUCGUCACCAUCAACUACAGGCUCGGCUCGCUCGGCUUCUUAAGCACAGGAGAUAAGUACGCGCCCGGUAACAAUGGCUUCAAGGACCAGGUGGCAGCUCUCCGCUGGGUGCAGAGGAACAUCGCCGCCUUCGGAGGAGACCCCAACCUGGUCACCAUCUCGGGGUACAGCGCCGGAUCCUUCAGUGUCAUGCUGCACAUGAUCUCGCCCAUGUCCAAAGGUUUGUUCCACCGCGCCAUUUCUAUGAGCGGCUCCCCGAUCUCCCAAAUAGUGAUCCCUCGCCACCAGCGCCACCUGGCGGAGAGACAAGCGAAGCUGCUGCAGUGCCCCACCGACUCCUCGAAGGCUAUCAUCGACUGCCUCAAGACUAAAACAUCCAAGCAACUGGGAGACUCUUUGGAUAAGAUGUUUGACUUCGGCUACGAUCCAGUGUUGCUGUGGGUGCCGAUCCACGAGCAGGACUUCGGGCAGGAGAUGUUCCUGCCGCGGCAGCCGCUGGCGGCGGUGUGCGCGGGGGAGCUGCAGCCCGUGCCCUACAUCGUCAGCCAGACACAGGACGAGUUCUUCUGGAAGGCACUCGAUGUCCUUCGCAACCCACAAGCGUUUGAGAACUGGCGCGCGGACUGGCCCGGCCUGGCCAAGAUAGCGCUGUACCUGACUGGCGCGGGAGACAACUCCAGCGUCACCAGCGCCGCCGACCGGCUGAAGCAGGCGUACCUCGGCGGCAAGGACAUUGCCAACGACACCGCCACUGGCGACGGCUUCGGGAAACUUUACUCCGACGCUAUCAUUGGGUUCGGAGCUCACAGGCUGGUGAACCUGGCGGCGCGGCAGUCCGCGCGGCCGGUGUACUACUACGAGUUCGGGCACGUGGGCAACAGCAGCCACUACGUCGACCCCGACACCAAGCGGCCCAUCGCCGCGGCGCACCACGACGACCUGCUGUACCUGUUCAACGUGAGCUACAGCUUCCCCUCCAUCCCCCCCUCCGACAGCAACGACUCCAGGAUGGUGGACAAGAUGACGGCGAUAUUCUACAACUUCGCUCGACAUGGGGACCCGAACAACAGGGGCGACACUCCGGAGCUAGCAGACAUGUCAUGGCCGCAGUUCAAACCAGAUGAGAGGAAAUACCUCCGCGUCGACACUCCCUUCUCAGUGCAGAGCAACCUCUUCGAGGAGAGGUUCAAGGUGUGGGAGGAACUGUUCCCUCUUGAUUACCACACUUGUAAAAGUAAAGGAGAAAGAACGCCCCCUGUGGUACGCCAGCAGUCGUAUCAGACCAGGAAGAGUAUGAACCCUCAAUGGCAACACGCUGCCGGCGGCCACACAGAGUCAGUGGAAGGGAAGUCAGCUGCGCCGCUGGCACACAGCGUGUCGGGCACGUUCCGCGGCUCCUGGAUGGAGACGCGCCGCGGGAGACGCUUCCAGGCAUACCGCGGGAUACGGUACGCGGACCCACCCGUCGGGGCGUUGAGGUUCCAGCCCCCGAAGCUGAAGCUGCAGUACGAAGGAGUAGUGGACGCGAGCGAGGAGGGCCCCGCCUGCCCUCUGCCGGCGCCUCCUACUUACUACGUCGACGAGGACUGCCUCACUGUCAACGUCUACACGCCGACACACAACAGCACCAAAAAGCUCCCCGUAAUCUUCUUCAUCCACCCCGGCGGGUUCUACGCGAUGACAGGCCGCAGUGACCUGGCCGGCCCUCACUACUUGCUGGACAGAGAUGUUGUUCUCGUCACCAUCAACUACAGGCUUGGAUCCUUAGGCUUCAUGAGUACGGGAGAUGCGCUCGCUCCCGGUAACAACGGCAUGAAGGACCAGGUCGCCGCCCUCAAGUGGGUGCAGAGGAACAUCGCAGCGUUCGGCGGCGACCCGAACCUCGUCACCAUCACAGGCUGCAGCGCCGGCUCUAUCAGCGUCAUCCUGCAUAUGAUCUCGCCCAUGGCUAAAGGUCUCUUCCACCGCGGCAUAGCAAUGAGCGCAUCUCCUGUAGGCAAGGGAGUGGAAGCUAUAACUCAUCAGCGCCACCUCGCAGUACGCCAGGCACAGAUCCUCAACUGCCCGACUGACAACUCGUCCGCCAUCGUCGACUGUCUUAUGGCCAAGCCUUGGAGGGAGCUCGGAGAUUCACUGCCUAAAUUCUGGGAGUUUGGUGAAGGUGACCCAGUGGGUCUCUGGGGUCCGGUGGUAGAGCCAGAUUUCGGGCAGGAGCGGUACCUCCCUAUCAAUCCAUUAGAUGCUAUUAAACAAGGCAAAAUGCACACCGUGCCACUCAUCGUGAGUCAGACUACUGACGAAUUUUUCUGGAAGGCGUUCCCGGUCUUACAAAACGAAACGCUUCUGAAGGCAAUGAAUGAGGAGUGGGAGCGAGUCGCCCCGAUCUCGUUCAUGCUGCCGCAGGAGAACCGUGCCGCGGCGGUGCAGAAACUUAGAGAGGUGUACCUCAAGGGGAACAAGUUGGCCAAUGAUAAACCAAGUGAGAAAGCACUCGGACAACUUUAUGGAGACUCCGUCAUUGGGUUUGGAGUACACAGGCUGGCCAACCUAAUGUGUCGUCACUCCAAGCAUCCAGUGUGGUACUCGGAAUUCGCGUACGUUGGGAACAACUCCCAUUAUGAGGACUCUCACGGAAAACCACAAGGUGCGGCCCACCACGACGACCUGCUGUACCUGUUCACGCUGAGCUACCGGUUCCCCGUCAUCUCGCCGGACAGCCAGCACUCGCACGUCGUCGACGAGAUGACUGCGCUCUGGUACAACUUCGCCAGAUACGGAGACCCGAACCCGCGCGGCGACACGCCGGAGCUGGGCGGGCUGCGGUGGCCCGCCAUGACAGCGGCGGACAGGAGGUACCUGCACCGCGGGCCGCAGCUCCAGGUGCGGCAGAACUUGUUCGAGGACCGGUUCAAGGUGUGGGACGACUUGUACCCCAUACAGUACUGAGGACUGUAGCUGAACUAGCUGAGACUUGCGUGUUUUUAUACAG